GUUAGAACCCACGCAGUUGGUGUUGAAAAGAUUGCCGUUGAUACAAUGUUUAUUGUUUCGCCAGAUCUACUUUAGUGUUUGCAUGUGAAUCACGUUGUUCGUCAGAACUCAGAGAGACAUUGUUGACUAAGUCGACAUGUCCUCGUCGGUCAGACUGAUGCCAAAAUGGCUUGUUUUUGCAGCUGCUACUGUACUUUGCCUCUCCAGAGUGUUUGCUGAAGUAUCCUCCACAGUGCUCCUGUCAGCCUACCCAGCAAACAACCUCAUAGUGGGAGAGACACUUACUAUAACCUGCACAGUAGUUACAGAUGGCGGCUCUUCCCCUGUGCUGACCUAUGAAGUCUGGAGAGGGAACUCCACCGUAUCCACUACACCUCCUACACAAGCAACAUCCCAGACACUCUCUCUGGGCGUAGUGUCCACUGAACAUUCUGGAACGUACAAAUGUGUGGUAACUCUACCACCAAGCCAGCAGUGGGAAAGUGCCGGCUCGCAGAUCACAGUGCAAGAUCAAAAGCCCACCCUGAGCGUGAGUCCAGCAGGAGGGCAGGCGUACACUGAGGACACCGUGCUCCUCCCCUGUGGACUGCAAUCCAACCAGAGCCAGAACCAGAACCACGAACGAUGGAAGUACUACUGGUACCGGGGGUCUCAGAGCGCGUACCCACUGGAGCAGAUAUGGGAUGGCGGGGGAGGGGAGGCCGUGCUCAGGCUGUGGAGGUCCAGGGCGUCUGAUACGGGCCAGUACUGGUGUCGAGCGGGCCGCGGGCAGCCCACCUUCUACACAGAGUUCAGCGACCCGGUCUAUGUGAAUAUUACAGAUUUCUUCCGGAGUGUCACCCUGUCUGUGAGCCCAGGGGUUAACUUCAGGGCCAACCAUCCCCUCCGCAUCACCUGUCUCGCCCAGGUGAGCCAGCGCCACGCACCUGCCAGCGCCUCCAGGCGUGCCCAGAAGGUUACCUACACCUUCUACAAGAACGGGCAGCCCUACCUCUCUGACACCCCCCAUUACGUGGUGACAGCGGAGCGGGCUGUGAGGGGUCACGCGGGCAGGUACGCCUGCUCAGCAGCCUCGGGACGAGCACAGAGGACCAGCCCAGAGGUGCACCUCACUGCCGACGACACAUCUAUGGUCCUGGUGAUCUCAGUGGGCACAUCUCUCCUCAUCAUCAUCCCACUGGCUGCAUACCUCAUACAAACAGUUUUUCCCAACGGCUUUGGAACACGGACAACUGGAAGGGAAAGUGUUUACCAGAUCACCCCAACCUGACCCAGAUGCAUGCAGUAUAUUG